CCUGCCUCCCUAGAAUUUGCUACAAACUGCAGCAGCAACAGAACGCUGGUGCCAGGUCUCACUCUACAGUACAGGCAUGGCUCUGGCAGACUCUGCGAGUGGCUUAUCAAACGGUGGCGAUGCAGACUCCCCUUUUCCUGAAAUUAUAGAGCUCAAUGUUGGGGGACAGGUAUAUCUGACUCGACAUAAAACUUUGAUCUCAGUACCCGACUCUCUGCUGUGGCAGAUGUUCAAUCAGAAAACCCCCAAGGAACUGUCCAGAGACAGCAAAGGCCGCUACUUUCUGGACCGGGAUGGCUUUUUAUUCCGUUAUAUUUUGGACUACCUGAGAGAUCUCAACCUGGUGCUACCUGAUUACUUUCCAGAGAAGUGCAGACUGAAAAGAGAGGCAGACUUUUUUCAACUGCAAGACCUCUCUAAGAGACUCAGCCCUAAAGUAAGCAAGGAGAAUUCCAUCAGUGAAGAGAUCAGUCAAAGUGACCCAGAAGAGGUAGGUUUUCUUGGUGGAGCGGGGGGCUCGACCACAAGCUUGGAACCAACGCGCUUUGUGUCAACAAUGACAAGUACCCAUGCACGUUCCCAGUCACUGGAGUCCAGGAAAUCAGGCUACAUUACUGUAGGAUACAGGGGGUCCUACACCAUCGGGAGAGAUGCGCAGGCGGAUGCGAAGUUCAGGAGGGUGGCCAGGAUCACAGUGUGUGGGAAGACCUCUUUGGCCAAAGAGGUGUUUGGUGAUACCUUGAACGAGAGCAGAGACCCCGACAGGCCCCCGGAGAGAUACACCUCCAGAUACUACCUGAAAUUCAAUUUCCUGGAGCAGGCUUUUGAAAAGCUGUCUGAAGUCGGCUUCCGUAUGGUGGCUUGCAGCUCCACAGGCACGUGCGCUUAUGCCAGCAAUGACCCCAGCGAGGACAAGAUCUGGACCAGCUACACAGAGUAUGUUUUCUGUAGGGACUGAUCAGACAAAAUAUGAGACCCAGAAGUAACCUUAAACUUAAACUGAAGUGUAGCUUAAUACCAAAAAAAAUAAAAUAAAAUAAAAUAAAAAAAAAGCUUGACAUAACAGCGUAUAUUUUAUAGUGUUUUAUAGUGAUGUUUUGAAAUAUAUAUAUGUGUGUACUGAUAGUUAAGGUUUUUGAUGUUUUUUAUUACUUUAUUUUAUAUCUGAUACUUCCCUAACUUAAAUCUGUCUGUUACUAAUAGUAAUAUACUUGUUAAUGUACUUUUAUAAAACAAUGACUAAUUUUUUGGUUGAAGUCCAUCUUUGCCCAGGAAACAGAGGUCUGCAGAGUCAGUGGUUGCUGGGGGGAUAUGAUCAGUAUGCUUUUACCCAUUGCUUAGAGUUUACAAAACUUGCUGUGCAAUAAAUCUUUUUUUUUUUCUUGCAAUGAACGUGGUUUUAUAUACUGUAUUAAAAUUAUUAUAAAGUCUGUUCUGUACUUAUUGCUAAAUGAAUAAAGAGUUUGAAUUCACACUGA